AUGGUGGUGGAGGUGGAAUUGGAGGCUUCGCAGCUUCCUGCGCCACGGACCAGGACUCCACCGACGGCGCCUCCGCCGGGGGCGUGCCUCCGGUCGUCGCCGCUGCCGGUCCGGUCAGCUGCUCCGGACGGGCGCCUCCCGCCGCUGCCACGUUCCUCCGCAGUGCCAGAACCGAUGGACGCUGAGGCUGCCGUCACGCCGCCGCCGCCGCCGCCGCCGGCGUCGCCCGCGGAGGUCGUUGCUCCGCCUCCUCCUCCUCCUCCGAGCUUACCCAGUAGCGGCGCGCGGCCUGGGCAGGUUUUCCGAGGGGCGUUUUCCUCGCCCCCUCGCGAGCAAUUCGGGGUCGCGGGUGGACAGCGCGUCCUGGCAGUUCUGCUGUCCGGCCCUCAGCUGCGCCGCCCCUGGGUCCCUCCACCCGCCGUCAGAAACCCUACUCCACGACGUACUGCACCUAUAAUAAAGCAGCAGCAGACAAUUGCCUCAAAUACCUCCUCACCAAUCAUUGUCAAAAUGAAUGAUGAAGCUACUCUUUAUGGGUAA